UGGGGGUACAUCCCACUUCUUCUCUCCUGAGUCCUCGAGGCUGAAGGAUCACUUUGGAGCAAGACAACGCCGAAGGAGGCACAAUGACGGGCGGCAUCCCGGGGGUCGAAAGGUUUGAGAGUCCGGGGAAAGGACGAGGUCUCCGCGUUACCAGAGCCUUUAAAGUAGGAGAGCUGCUGUUCUGCAGCCAACCGUACUCCUGUGUGCUGUCAGUAAAGGAGAGAGGCUGCUACUGUGAAAACUGCUUCACCAGGAAAGAGGGCUUGGCAAGAUGUGGGAAGUGCAAGAAAGCCUUCUACUGCAAUGUGAAAUGUCAGAAGUCCGACUGGGCCAUGCACAAGCUGGAGUGCUCUGCUAUAACUGCAUUUGGAGAGAACUGGUGUCCGACAGAGAUGUCUCGCCUGGUGGCUCGUAUCCUUGCCAAAAAGAAAACACAGAAAGAAAGGUGUUCCUCUGAAAAGCUAUUGCUCAUAGGAGAAAUGCAAUCACAUUUGGAAGAUGUAGAUAAUGAGAAAAGAGACAAUACUGAGGUGGAUGUCGCUGGGCUGCAUCGUUAUUUCUCCAAACAUCUGGAGCUGCCAGACCAUAAGGACCUGCUCACACUCUUCUCACAGGUUGCCUGUAAUGGUUUCACUAUAGAGGAUGAUGAACUGUCACACCUAGGUACUGCAGUCUACCCAGAUGUGGCUCUCAUAAACCACAGCUGUCUCCCCAGCGUCAUAGUUACGUAUAACGGCACGGCGGCUGAGAUUCGGGCUGUAAAGGACAUGAAGCCUGGAGAUGAAGUGCUCAUCAGCUACAUCGACCUCCUUUACCCGACAGAUGACCGCAACAACAGACUGAGAGAGUCUUACUACUUCACCUGUGACUGCCAGGAGUGUAAGAGUAAGUCCAAGGACAAAGUCAAGUUGAAAGUACGUAAACGGAGUGACCCCAUCGAAGAAGAUGUCAUCAACAACAUGGUGCGCUACGCAAGAAAAACUAUCAGAGAUUUCAGAGCCCUGAAGAAUAUCAAAACCCCUUGUGAGCUGCUAGAGAUGUGUGAGCAGAGCCUGGAGGUGAUGGGAGCUGUCUUUGAUGACUCCAAUGUCUACAUGCUUCAUAUGAUGUACCAGGCCAUGGGAGUUUGUCUCUACAUGCAAGAUCCAGACGGCGCUAUCAGAUAUGGGGAGAAGAUUAUCAAACCGUACAGCCAGCUGUAUCCACCUCACUCUCUGAAUGUGUCCUCCAUCUACCUGAAGCUUGGAAGACUGUACAUGGCAAUGGAGAGGUAUUCGAUGGGCGUCAGCAUUCUAAAGAAGGCUAUGGCCAUAAUGGAGGUGGCUCAUGGUAAGGAUCACUUCUAUCUGAAAGAGCUGCAUAAGGAGAUCGCUCAAAAAUAAAGAGAAAGGAAGAAUGGACGCACCACAGCUUACCCAUAGAGACUGCAUACACUCCUUAAGUGGGAGCUUUAAAGAACUGCAGGCACUUUCUACUUCUUUUUGGAACCAAAGAAAAUAUGGUGAACAUUUGUGUGCUUCUUAACGUAAAAGUGUUUUUUACCUUUUAUGUCAGUUUUAUUUAUGCGAGACGAUGUUUGAAUGCAGGAUACUUUUGUUAUAAGCAUUAAAUGUUUAGUUGUGUGCAGCUGGAAAAGCUGCCCAUUUA